AUGCCUGUGUGCUGGAGUAGAAGCUCCUGGCUUCCAGUGGUGUUUGGUGUUGUGCUGGUUGUUCUCAGUGCUGUAAGUGCUGGACCGAGCCAGGACCAGAGGCCGGCUCAGGCUUCCUCGUGCUUUGGAGGAUUUGAUCUCUACUUUGUCCUGGACCAAUCUGGGAGUGUACAGAAUCACUGGAAUGAAAUCUACAACUUUGUCGAGCACCUAGCUCAUAAAUUCAUAAGCCCACAGCUGAGGAUGUCUUUCAUUGUGUUCUCCACUGAGGGCCGGAUCCUGAUGAGCCUGACAGAAGACAGGGAACGGAUCCGUAAAGGUCUGGAGGAGCUCCACGACGUUCGUCCAGGAGGUGACACUUUCAUGCACGAAGGUAUCCUGAGGGCCAGUGAGCAGAUUUACUACGGAAACACAGAAGGUUAUCGCACUGCCAGUGUUAUCAUCGCUCUGACAGACGGAGAGCUGCACGAGGAUCUUUUCUACUACGCAGAGAGGGAGGCAAACCGCUCCAGGAGUCUUGGAGCCUCGGUUUACUGCGUUGGGGUGAAGGACUUCAAUGAGACCCAGCUGGCAAAGAUUGCUGACAGUAAGGACCACGUCUUCCCUGUGAAUGACGGAUUCGAGGCUCUGCAAGGAGUUAUUGAUUCAAUCCUGAAGAAGUCCUGUAUUGAGAUCCUGGCAGCGGAGCCCUCCAGCAUCUGUGCAGGAGAGUCCUUCCAGGUGGUGGUGAGAGGAAACGGCUUUCUUCAUGCACGAAAUGUUGACAAAGUCUUGUGCAGCUUCCGAAUCAACGACACUUUAACCAAGAUGAUGAAGCCCUUGAUUGUUGAAGACACGUAUCUUCUCUGCCCUGCACCGGUGCUUCAGGAUGAGGGGAUGGCUGCAAAUCUAUACGUCAGCAUGAACGAGGGCCUCAGUUUCAUCUCCAGUUCAGUCACCAUUACAACUAUGAGCUGCUCUGAUGGGACCAUCCUGGUCAUAGCUCUCCUCAUCCUCAUGCUGCUCCUGGGUCUGGCUCUCCUCUGGUGGUUCUGGCCUCUCUGCUGCACCGUGAUCAUCCAUGAACCCCCACCCCCACCUGUGGAGGAAAGUUCGGAUGAAGAAGACUUCGAGGGUCCUAAGAAGAAAUGGCCGACUGUAGAUGCCUCCUACUAUGGAGGGAGAGGAGUGGGGGGCAUCAAAAGGAUGGAGGUCCGCUGGGGGGAAAAAGGCUCGACUGAAGAAGGAGCAAAGCUGGAGAAAGCCAAAAACGCUAAAGUGAAGAUGCCUGAGCAGGACUAUGAACUGCCUCCCACUCGGGUUCUCAACAACGGCAUGCACAAACCUCCAGAGCCACGCAUGUGGUACUCACCCAUCAAGAGCAAACUGGAUGCUCUGUGGGUGCUUCUGAAAAAAGGCUACGGCAGGGUGUCUGUCAUGAGACCUCAUCCUGGUGACAAGGGCAGGUGCAUGAACUUCACCCGCAUAAAGUCCCCCCCUCCUUCUCAAUAUCCACAUUUCAACCAUGGCCCAUCAGGCAUCUGCAGCGCUCCCAGCAGAAACCCUCCUGCCCCACAGGGCACCCUGCCCCCCACUCCCAGCAGCCCUCUGUCAUUUUCCUUCUCCUCGCUUCCAUCGUCGCCCUCGACACCUUCGCCUCCCCUCACUCCUCCCCCCUACAGCCCAUCUCCCACCCGGGCUCUUCCUCCGACCACCAUGAACAUACUUGCCCCGCCCGAGCUCCCACCCACCCCUCCACCCUGCGUCGCCCCAGCUGGACUGCUGCCUCCUCCUCCACAGGGACCUCCUCCUGGGCGAGCUCCUCCACCCGCCCGCCCACCUCCUCGCCCCAGUCUGUAG